AUGAAUGCCAUUUGGAAGCUGUCCCUGGUAGUUCUGGCCAUGAUGGUGUGUGUUUAUGAGCUGGAUGCCUGCAACGAGGCCAUCUGUGCACCUCUGGUCAGCAAGUGUAUGUUGAUCAAUUGUUGCGACUGUGAGAUGAAUGAUCUUAAAAACUGCACAUGCUGCCGUGACUGCCAAGUGUGUCUUUCGAAGCUGUAUACUGAAUGUUGCUCAUGUGUCGGCUUGUGUCCGCCCCCGGAUCCCACUGAUGAAAUGACAAAGAGCAGCUCUGUGGAGGAUCUACCAGAUCCCAUACCUGAUCUCUUCAAUGUGUUGACUGAAGAGGUGGACCACCAACAGCGAUGGACAACAUUCACUUACGCAGUGGAUUUGGACAAACUGGCUUUCAUCCCAGGUACAGAUAAAGCUGUUAAAAUAAUCACAGUUGGAAAAGCAGAUGAAACAAACGUUCUUAAGGAAGAGCCGGAGCGUAUUCUGGGAAUAAAAAACUGCACUGUGGCAUUUUUUUCGGACUGCAUGUCGAUGGCAAAAUGCAAAACCUCUUGCAAGUCUAUGGGAGCAGCAAAGUACAGGUGGUUUCAUGAGCACGGCUGUUGUCAGUGUGUCGGUAGUUCUUGUUAUGAUUAUGGCCUCAGUGAACCAAAAUGUUUACGCUGCCCAGAAGUGACGGAUCUGGAGUUCAGUGAUCAUGCAUACAAGAAAUGGGUGCAGAAAGAUGUAGUCUAG